ACGGGAAGCUCCUCCUCCACCUCAGCCUCCGAACAUGAUGGUGGGCCCUACCUCAUACCCCAUGACCACCACCACCGCCGCCACCAACAGUUCCAACAAUUCAUCUAUGAUGAUCAGCCCCAACCCCGGCGGCGGUGGGCCGACGAUGAUCCCUCAACCCUCCAGUGCCAACCGAUUCCCCUUCAGCUCGUCGAAGCCGUUGGAUUCCCUCAACAACAACGCCGGUCCGUACGACGGAUCGUCCGGGUUCAGCAUUGACGCAUCGUCGGCGUCGGCGGGGAAGAAGAAGAGGGGCCGGCCGAGGAAGUACUCGCCGGACGGCAACAUUGCGCUGGGCCUGGCGCCCACACCCAUUUCCGCUUCUUCCGCGGCCAAUCACGGGGAACCCGCUAGUGCCAGCGCUGGCAGCGGCCCUGCAUCUAUGUCCGAGCCUACCCUGAAGAAGCACCGCGGCCGUCCUCCCGGUUCCGGGAAGAAACAGUUGGAUGCUUUGGGAGCGGGUGGGGUGGGAUUUACUCCGCAUGUUAUUAUGGUGAAAGCUGGCGAGGAUAUAGCAACGAAGAUUAUGGCCUUUUCACAGCAGGGGCCACGUACUGUUUGUAUUCUCUCUGCAAAUGGUGCCAUCUGCAAUGUUACCCUUCGUCAACCAGCAAUGUCUGGUGGUACUGUGACAUAUGAGGGUCGAUUUGAGAUAAUCUCUCUAUCAGGUUCCUUUUUGCUUUCUGAAAACAAUGGCAAUCGCAGCAGAACAGGCGGUUUGAGUGUGUCCUUGGCAGGGUCAGAUGGUCGAGUUUUAGGUGGGGGUGUUGCAGGAAUGCUAAUGGCAGCAUCGCCAGUUCAGGUCAUUGUGGGUAGCUUUAUUGCGGAUGGAAAAAAACCAAACUCGAAUAACUUGAAAUCUGGGCCGUCUGCAGCACCGGUACCCCAAAUGUUAAACUUUGGUGCACCUCUUACGGUUGGAAGCCCUCCCUCUCAAGGGGCCUCAAGUGAGUCAUCAGAUGAUGAUGGUGGUAGCCCUAUUAACAGAGGCCCUGGAUACUUCAGUAAUACUAGUCAGCCCAUACAUAAUAUGCAGAUGUAUCAUCAUAUGUGGGCUGGCCAAGCUCAGCAGUGAAGAUGCUACCUGUUUAACGGUUUAGCUUGCUUGGUUAUUGACUUGGAUACCUUCUGCAUAGUGGAUAGAGGUGAAGUCCAAAAGCUAACAGAAUGCUCCAUUUUGAGGCAGCGAUGGAGAGAGGUCUAUUUCUAGUUCUCUUGCUCUCGGGUAACUUUGUUCUUUUAAGUUAGUCCCUUUUUUCUUCUUCCACAAGAUUGAAAGAUAGCUAUUGUUGAUAGCUGAGGAAAUGCCACUUGAUUUUUAGGAUGUUGGUCAGAUCAAAUUGCUUUCUAAGUAUUUUGAUUUGCAUCUAUUGUUUCCUGUUAGCGGUUUAUGGACUUUGAUUUGCAGACUUGUUAUAGAGUAAGAGAUUUAUAGCAGUUCAUUAGGAGUUUAGUGCCGAAUCUAUUCCUAGUAAUUUCACCAUGUUUGGGUUGUAUCUCUACAUUUUCUGGAGCUUCAGUUUAUAGAACAUUCCACUCCCUCAUAUUAUUGAUGAUGGUUUUGGGUGAUUCUGAUUAUAAAUAUAUAUUCAAAAUAUCUUUGGUGAUCGCUACCGUUUGAGUAGUGUGAUCCAAUGGUCAGUGGUAGGUGGCCAACGGGCAUUGAGGUUGAUCAACCAUGAGGUGUGUUUUUCUUUUUCUUUCGUCAAUUCUUUUAUCUGAGGGCAUAAUUGAAUUUUCAUACUCUUUUCUAUUAGCUAUUUGGCAAAAUGUUAAUGAUGGCAUGAUUGUACUUU